UCGCGAUUGGGAGAGUGCAGUGAGUCGCACGCCCCCUUUGUCCAGAGGGGAAACUGAGGCCCGGCGAGGUCAGGGGGCCGGUGGGUUCUGCGAGGAUCGGGUUUCCUCCUUUCCUCCCCCUUCAGAGCCUGGCUGUUUCAUCCAUCCAUUCAUCUCUCCGCCCACUCACCCACCCAGCCUGCCAGCCAACCCCUGCGAGGGAACUAUGGUCAGGGCCAGUUUGAGGAGAAUGUUGAGCUGUGGGGCUUCAGGGCUUUCCCUGGAAGUGGGGAGAGGUGGGAGAGUGUUCCCUGCUGAGGGGACGCUGGCGUGACUGGGUUAGGGCGAGGAGUUCACUUUUCUGAGAACUGAUAGAUUCAUGGAUAGGAAGUGGGGAAGAUGAGGAUGGACAGAGAGCCGAGGCCAGACCUGCUGGGUCUCGUGGGCUGAGGUGAGGAGGGUGUGGUCUCCAUCUGGGGCAGUGGUGAGCCCUGGGAGGGUUUGGAACAGGAAGGGACAUCUCAGAUGUUUUUGGACAAAGAUCCCUAUGGCCUUUCCUCUUUGCCCCAUGCAGCUCAGAGGAUAGAAACCCUAAGAUGUAAUGGGCUUGUGCCCUUUUCAGGGGAGAUCCAUGACCCCCUUAACUUUAAUCACCUGGCCUGUUUUUAUCUUUCACCUUCUCCCUGGAACAAGUAAAUCGGCUCCCCCAGCUGAAGUCACAUCUUAACCCUGAUGACACGGGCACCUCCAUCUCCAAGCCAGUCCUGAGUGUCCGAUUCCUUCUGGGUGUCUCCAGACAGAGUUAUCUUUCUGGGCUCCCCCACCUCUCACCUCCCACAUUCCUCAUAUCACUCUGGGUCAGUCUAUCUGUUGAGUACCUACUGCAUGUCUGGCAGUUCAGGGCACGGAAGAUCCAAAAGGGAGCAAAACAGAAGCAGGUUUCCAUUUCCUUUCUGCCCUCAUGGAGCUGAGUCUAAGGGGAGAGAGGGAUCCUGAACAGGUAACAAAUCAUCAAGAUGAUUUCAGGGGAUGACAAGUGCUGAGAAGGAGAAAAGUUCUACAGGCCUGUGCCGGCCCCCCCUCUCUCCCGCUGCAGACCCAGGGAGGGCCAUGAAGGUGCUGCUGCUCGUGGGGCUGGGAGCCCUGUUCUUUGCCUAUUAUUGGGAUGACAACUUUGACCCAGCCAGCCUCCAGGGAGCCCGUGUGCUGCUGACUGGAGCCAGCGUGGGCAUCGGGGAGGAGCUGGCAUAUCACUACGCGCGCCUGGGCUCCCACCUGGUGCUCACUGCCCACACCGAGGCUCUCCUGCAGAAGGUGGUAGGGAACUGCCGGAAGCUGGGCGCUCCCAAGGUCUUCUACAUCGCUGCGGACAUGGCCUCCCCUGAGGUGCCCGAGCGCGUGGUGCAGUUUGCGCAGGACAAGCUGGGAGGGCUGGACUACCUGGUGAUGAACCACCUCGGCGCCGCCCCAGCAGGCACGCGGGGCCGCAGCGCCCAGGCGACACGAUGGCUCAUGCAGGUGAAUUUCCUGAGUUACGUGCAACUGACUUCGUUGGCGCUGCCGAGUCUGACUGACAGCAAGGGCUCCCUGGUGGUGGUGUCCUCGUUGCUAGGCCGCGUGCCCACGUCCUUCUCCAGCCCCUACUCGGCGGCCAAGUUCGCGCUGGAUAGCUUCUUUGGCUCUCUCCGGCGGGAGCUGGAUGUGCAGGACGUGAACGUCGCCAUCACCAUGUGCGUCCUGGGCCUCCAGGAUCGCGCCUCGGCCGCCGAGGGAGUCAGGGGCGUCACAAGGGCCAAGGCGGCCCCAGGGCCCAAGGCAGCCCUGGCUGUGAUUCGUGGCAGCGCCACGCGUGCCUCCGGCGUCUUCUACCCGUGGCGCUUCCAUCUGCUCUGCCUGCUUCGCGGCUGGAUGCCACAGCCAAGGGCCUGGUUCAUCCGCCAGGAGCUCAACAUCACGACCCCCGCUGCUGCCUGAGCCCCUGGGCUUAAUGCCCCUUCGUCUUCCCAGAAGAAGACCCUCCAGCCAAUCGUCCUGGAGCCCGGACAGACACCUCUGAGCAGGUGGCCAAGGGCCAAAAGAAAGUCAUCAAGACAGAAAAGUAAACCUGAGAAAAACUACCAGCACCUGAAAGCAGUCAGAA